UGAUGGGUUUUAUGUUGGUGCUUUUGUCCAUUUGCAUUAAUGCCAUUCUUCUUCUCUGCUGCAGCUGCAUGAGCUUUGCACAUUCAAAUGUAACAGAUCGGCUUGCCUUGUUGGCCUUCAAGGCUCGAAUAACCCAAGAUCCCUUUCACGUUGUGAGCUCCUGGAAUGACUCAGUUCCUUAUUGUCAGUGGCUAGGUGUUACAUGCGGUGGUCGCCUACAUCCAAACAGGGUCAUAGCCUUGAAUUUAGAGUCAAGUGGGUUAGAAGGCCUCAUGGUACCAGAAAUAGGAAACCUCAGCAUCAUUCAAGAGAUUUCGCUUCAAAACAACAGUUUCCAUGGUGAGAUCCCUCGUGAAGUAAGUUUUCUGUCUGGGCUUCGUUAUUUAGUCCUAGACAAUAAUUCCUUUGAAGGGGAAAUCCCACCCAACAUAUCACGUUGCUCCAACCUCAUCCAAUUCAGUUUAGAUUACAACUUUAUUGUGGGGAAAAUCCCAGUAGAGCUUGGUGCUCUGUCAGAGCUUCAAAUCCUUUCAUUCCAUCGCAACAGAUUGACGGGACAUAUCCCACCUUUCUUUGGAAAUCUUUCAUACCUUGACACCCUUGGUGCACGAAACAAUGGUUUUAAAGGAAGUAUUCCAGAUUCACUUGGCCAAUUGAGAAGAUUAACGAUUCUUGCACUUGGUGGAAAUAAGUUGUCCGGUACUAUCCCUUCCUCUAUAUAUAAUCUUUCCUCACUCCAUAUUCUUGAUUUCGGAGAAAAUAAACUUCUUCAAGGGAUUCUUCCACCAAAUCUAGGCUUAAGUCUUCCUAAUCUGUCAUGGGUUUCAUUUGCAGUAAACCAAUUUCAUGGACCAAUUCCAAUUUCGUUAUCCAAUCUGUCUAAAGUAGAACAACUUUUUCUCGGAGUAAACAAUUUUACUGGGAAAGUGGCUAUUCAUUUUGGAGGCCUAUCAAAGCUCACUAGGCUUUCAAUGGAUGCCAAUCAUUUAGGAAGAGGAGAGGCCGAUGAUCUGAGUUUCAUCAACACAUUGACCAACUGUAGUAGUUUAGAAGAAUUGUUGCUUCAUGGUAAUCGGUUUGGUGGUGUGCUCCCCAACUCAAUAGCAAACUUGUCGACCCAACUCAGAAAGUUUACAUUGGCAAAAAAUCAAAUAUCUGGAAACAUUCCAGCAGAGAUGGGGAACCUUGUAAGCUUACAAAACUUAAACCUAUCUGGUAACUUAUUAGAAGGAAGUAUUCCAACUUCAAUUGGGAAACUUCAAAUGCUAAAUGGACUUUAUUUAGCUCAGAACAGAUUCACAGGGCUUAUCCCUUCUUCUCUUGGAGACUUGACCCAAUUGAUUGAGCUAUCUUUAUAUGGUAAUCACUUGCAUGGAAACAUACCUCCAAGUCUUGGAAAAUGCAAUAAAUUGUUGCGCUUGAACCUUGCUGGUAAUAAUUUCAAUGGUGUCAUCCCCAAAGAGAUAUUUGAUCCUUCUGGGUUAAUAGAGCUAUACUUGGGUAGAAAUCAUUUGGUUGGUUCUCUACCUUCGGAAGUGAGUCAACUGACCCAUCUUGGAGUCUUAGAAGUUUCUGAGAACAUGUUGUCUGGUGAUAUCCCUAACACCCUUGGUGCUUGUACAAGCCUAGAACACCUUUUUAUGGAGGAUAACUUAUUUGAAGGAUCUAUACCAUUGUCUCUCAGCAAUUUAAAAAGUCUUCAAGAUUUAGAUCUUUCGCACAAUGAUUUCUCUGGGUUUAUUCCAAAUUAUUUGGGAACAUUUGAGGUUUUACAAAAUUUGAAUUUAUCAUUUAAUCAUUUGGAGGGUGAGGUACCAGUAGAAGGAGCCUUUGGAAAUGUGAGUAUAGUUUCAGUCAUUGGAAACAAAAAGCUUUGUGGAGGAAUACCGGAACUUCAUUUGACACCAUGCCAGACCCAAAAGUCAAAAGAUGGGUAGUCUCACAUUUUCAAGUUGAUAGUCAUCAUAUGUGGAUGUGGAGCCUCUCUCUGUUUGAUUUUUAUGAUACUUUUCUUCGUUAUCUGCUUGAGAAGAAAAGAAAGGAAAGAAUUCACAACAUUUUUUAUAGGGGAUGGUCAUUUUAAGAUCUCUUAUGCCCAACUUCUUAAAGCUACCAAUGGAUUCUCUUCAACAAAUUUGAUUGGAGUGGGGAGUUAUGGUUCUGUGUACGAAGGUGUUCUCAAUCAUGGAGAAAUAAUUGUUGCAGUGAAGGUCCUCAACAUUGAACAAAGAUGUGCUUCCAAGAGUUUCCUAGCCGAAUGUGAAGCCCUUAGAAACAUCCGACACCGUAAUCUUGUCAAAAUCUUAACAUCUUGCUCAAGUGUAGAUUUUGAAGGGAAUGAUUUUAAGGCUUUGGUAUAUGAGUUCAUGCCGGGUGGAAAUUUGGAUAGGUGGUUACAUCCACAUGCAAAUGGUAUACAAGAUCUACAAAGGCCUUUAAAGCUUAUUAAAAGGUUGAAUAUUGCCAUUGAUAUAGCAACAACAUUGGAUUACCUUCACCACCAUUGUCAUAUGCAGAUUAUUCACUGUGAUAUAAAGCCAAGCAAUAUUCUUCUUGAUGAUGAUUUGACUGCACAUUUGGGUGACUUCGGGAUAUCAAGAAUUCUUUCAAAAGUCACAGGUAGAACUCAAAAUCAAACCGGUUCAAUCGGAAUAAAGGGAUCUAUUGGAUACAUUGCACCAGAGUAUGGUGCAGGUGCUGAUGUUUCAACGCACGGUGAUGUCUACAGCUAUGGGAUUCUCUUGUUAGAGAUGUUCACAAGGAAACGACCCACUGAUGAAAUGUUCAAGGAUAACUUAAAUCUUCACUGUUGGGCUGAGAUGACUUUGCAUGAUGGAGUGGUAGCUAUCAUCGACCCAACACUUAUGCCCAUGGAAGAAGAAGAAGAGGCAGUAGCAACUAUUGCCAACAUCAGUGGAAGUCGAACAUGCAUGAGGGAUAGAGUGCAAGAAUGCCUUAAUUUAGUUAUUAGAAUUGGAGUUACUUGCUCAGCUGAUUCACCAUGGGAUAGAAUGGACAUGAAAGAUGUGGUCAAAGAAUUACAUUUGAUUAGGGACAUUUAUCUUGGAGUUGGUUCUCAAUGAGGAAGAUCAGAAGAUGAACCAUAAUAAAGGCUAUGAAACUUGGUUCGUCAUCAUUUCCUUAAAAAUUUGACUUUUCUGUACUUGUUAAUGAAGAUGAAAAUUUUUGCUUGUGUAUGAACAAAGUAUGCAUUUGAUUUUAUUAAUUUGGAUAA